AUGCGAGGUGUAACAAACCAUAGAGCUAUGAGCGCCGGCGAAUGGACCGCAGUGGGCGGCUCUAUGCAGGGACGCGAUGCAGCUAGUCAAGAGUCGGCGGCAGGCUUCAUAGGACCUCAGCGCGGGAGCGGGACAGUUACUCCGAUGGAGUUAGUGCGGUCGGCAAGUGGGGCAUUGUGGCCGGCGACCGGAACGACGACAGAUGGACAUGUGGACUGGGCGGUGUUUGCAGAGCAGCAGGCGCAGAACCAUGCUGCGCGGAUACAGGCGGCAGAGAUGCGCGGAUAUCGGCGCGUGCAACUGCUCAAGCGGGUUGCGCGAUUUGGUUGCUGCGGGCGGCGCAAGGGAACGCUGGUGCGGCGGCGCACCGUACGGCGCUCAGCGCGGAGGUCGGUACGUCGCUCGGGGUCGGGCCGCGGCACGAUUGCGCGGCGGCCCACGAUCCGACAGAAGGAUUUCUCAACACAGGAUGAGAUCAAGAAGUUUGAGCGGGAUAGCCGCUUUAUCUUCCACAAGGGGUUUUCUCAGCGGAGCAGUUGGCGCGCACAGUCGCAGCGUAGCGCAUGCCAGCAGGCCUGGGCCAAGUGCAAGUUCAAGACGUCCACACAGCUCGCUUCCUAUUUGGACUACAUUGAUCUGUCUACCUUUACGUUGGAGGAUGCGACUGGGGCACCCACAAUGCUGUACAGUCAUCUCAAGCAGAAAAACUGGCUUGAGCUUGCACGAGACCGUCCAUCGCUGGUUUCGAAGUUGGAGUUUCGACCAUCUACAUCCACCAGGCCGGUGGCCCCGCAGCUGUUUACGAAUCCGUCCCCUGCACAGACAGAUCGGAAGGCUGCUCCUGUAAAACGAUCCAGAACUUACUCGCUGACACAGAGGCAAUCCCGAUAUGAGGUGCUGUACCCAGAGUUGUACAGUAAAUGGCGCGAGUAUCUACAUGUGGUCGUGUAUAACAAAAUUCGGUUUAGACUUCAGUGUCUCAAUGCAAGCGAUGAGUCUGUGCUGGGAGACUUGAGUAGUCUGUCUGUGGAAACCUCCGUGUCACUGACUGAUAACAGUAGCAAUGAGCGGUUAAAGAACAGCUCAGGCAUUAGAAGUGAAUUUUCUUUCUGCCGACCGGUAAAGAAUGGCGAAUUGUCAGCGGAUGAUAUCCUUCCGCCUUUAGAAGCCAACGCUUCAAUCCUGUCAAGUGUACACUCAGGAAAAGAGAAAUCUUUAAAAAUAUACUAA